ACGUCACAUUUCUCCUACUAUCGUCCAUGUUGGAUUUUGAGACGAAGAUAGAUGUAGUGUCUCAAUCCAUGGCCAUCUCGGCCGUAAAAUUAUCAUCCAUUCAAUUCCUGCUGAUAUAUUGAUUCUAUAUAUAUUUUCCAAGGUCGGGUUCAUGUGCGUUUUUUCGUUAAAGGGAUGGCAGUUGAUAAUGGAGGGGUACAAUGGUGCUUUUCCCAGGUUAAAGGAACCAUAGAAGAAGAUGUCACUGAAGCCGAUAUUAUUUCUACUGUUGAAUUUAAUCAUGAUGGCGAACUGCUAGCGACCGGUGACAAGGGAGGUCGAAUUGUCAUCUUUCAAAAGGAGGACGUUGUUAGCAAAGAGUCCCCGCAUUAUGGAGAAUACUCCGUAUACAGUACGUUUCAAAGUCAUGAGCCAGAGUUCGAUUACCUCAAAAGCUUGGAAAUCGAGGAAAAAAUUAACAAGAUAAAAUGGUUGAAACGGCAGAAUGCCUCACAUUUCUUGCUUUCCACGAACGAUAAGACUAUCAAGCUAUGGAAAAUCUCAGAACGUAGUUGCAGACCUGGAAACUUCAAUCUACGUGAUGACUCUGGUGUCCCACGUGACCCAGGAGAUAUUAAAGAGCUUAGGGUGCCUGUCCUUAGACCGUCUGACUUAGUAGUGGAAGCCAGCCCUCGGAGAGUUUUCGCUAAUGCACACACCUACCAUAUCAACUCUAUCUCUGUUAACAGUGAUGGGGAGACUUAUUUAUCUGCUGAUGAUCUUAGAAUCAACUUAUGGCACAUAGGAAUCAAUGACCAAAGCUUCAAUAUUGUUGAUAUAAAACCCACAAAUAUGGAGGAACUGACUGAGGUGAUCACAGCAGCAGAGUUCCACCCAAUAGAGUGUAAUACAUUGGUGUACAGUAGCAGUAAAGGAACUGUAAGACUAUGUGACAUGAGGCAGCAAGCCCUCUGCGAUAGCCAUGCUAAGUUGUUCGAGGAACCAGAGGACCCUGCAACAAGGUCUUUUUUCUCUGAGAUCAUAUCGUCCAUCUCAGAUGUGAGGUUCAGCCACAGUGGCCGCUACAUGAUAACCCGUGAUUACCUUACGGUCAAGGUUUGGGAUCUUAACAUGGAGAAACAGCCUGUGGAGAUGUACAAUGUGCAUGACUACCUUAGGAGCAAGUUGUGUUCUCUUUAUGAGAAUGACUGCAUUUUCGACAAGUUUGAAUGUGUAUGGAAUGGGAGUGACUCGUCCAUCAUGACAGGAUCAUACAACAAUUUCUUCCAUAUCUUUGACCGCAAUUCCAAGAAUGACUUGUGCCUGGAGGCAAGUCGAGAGUUUAGUAAGCCCAAACAGCUACUUCAUCCUCGCCGAGUCGCCAUGACGAGCAAGCGAAAGAAGGAUGACAUAACUGUAGAAUGCUUGGACUUUAGUAAAAAGAUCCUACACACGGCCUGGCACCCAAACGAGGACAUCAUUGCUGUGGCUGCCACUAAUAACCUGUAUCUGUUUCAAGAUAGCCAUACCACUUAGGUUUUGAAAUUAUUGUUGUUUAGAUGCGCUUAUGACCCUCCUGUAGGAGAUAUUUAUACCAGGUUAUUGGUAAUCUAUAUUUCCAAUUGGCAAAUUUCCUUUGUAUCAAUAUCCUACAAAUUCACUUUGUUACAUUGUGGAAGUGAAUGCAAAACUAAUGUGCAGUAAGCUCAAGAAAUACAGUAAUUCUCAGUAAUUUUAUAUUGCAACCAUAAGGAUAAUUAUUAUCUAUUAUUACUGUUCAUUAGUUUUUUGUUUUGCAUAGUGUCUGUACAUUGUUAUAUACUUUGGAGAGUUUUUCAAUUCAUAGAUGCCCCUGUUCCUUGUUUGUAAAUCUAGAGAAUUAGCUCAGUCUUGGUGUUUUCUGUAAGACUGCAAGGGAUAUAAGAUUAAUCUAAAUUAUUGCAUUUUAUAAACCUUCCUGAAGAUAUUGCCAGUGUCUUGUACAAUAUGUAAUUCAUGAAACACUAUCGUUAUAGUUGUGAUUGAGAUCAAAAUGUGAGAAAUAAAUUGUCAUCAGGUGCAUCUUGCACUCAACUCA